ACAGGGCUGCUAGUGGCAGGGCUGCCAUGGAGUCACUGCCAGUGUACCACGGGAGCAUCACGCGGGAGGCCGGCGAGAAGCUGCUGCUGGCCUCAGGGGUGGAUGGCAGCUACCUGCUGAGGGACAGCGAGAGCCUCCCGGGCGUGUACUGCCUCUGCGUGCUGCAUCAAGGUUACGUUUACACCUACAGAGUGUCCAAGACAGAAAUGGGGUCCUGGAGUGCUGAGACAGCGCCUGGCGUGCACCGGCGGCUCUUCCGCAAGGUGCACAACCUGCUCACGGCCUUCCAGAAGCCUGACCAGGGCAUCGUGACGCCCCUGCGGCACCCCGUGGUCACCGAGGGCAAGGCCAAGCCCCCGGCAGGGAGGAAGGAAGGCCAUGACUUCUGCCCACAGCCGUCAUGAAGAUGUCCCCCCGGCCCCGGCUGGGUCCGGCGCACUCCCUCCCGCCUCGCCUCCCUGCUCCGGAACAGAACCAUUCGUCUGAUCGUUAAUACAACUCCAUGAGUUUUCUUGUAACAUUUGCAGAAAUGUGUGUGUAAUAGAAUUCCUAGCUAAAACAUUACAAGUUUUAGAUUUCGAAAAGUUUAAGUUUUGAUACGUUUUGAAUUUAGGUUUG